AUGAUGCAUAUUGUCCAAACGGAGGCGUGUAAGGGUAUACGACGAAGCUUUGUCAAAGACAUGGGCCCCAACAAUCGACAUAUGACAAGGAAGCAAUGGUUUGAUACUAUGAAUGAAGACGAUAUUCCGAAGCCUCCAUCCUAUCCCCACAUCGAAGAGAGAAGAGCGAGUCGCUAUUUUCGGCGUUCAGGAAUUCUAGGACCACUCGAGGUACGUGACCGUCUUGAGGGCUGGGCAAGAUGCGACUCAGAAGGCAAAGACGCAACUAAUUCUUUAUUUCAUGCAGCUACUAAGGUAGCAAAGUACUGCAGGAAGUACGAUACAGAGGAAAGAAUGCCGAGCAAUCCGUGUAACCAAGGACCAACCACUCCAUUACAGCCUAUAUCGUCGUUACCACAUACCCUCUCACCAUUCGAACAAGGACAACUCCUACGUCAUCUGCCGAUCGUCCAGUUAAGAUACGAGUGGCUUGCAUCACAGGUGGCCGCUUACAACUCUCUUGAUCCUCCUACUUCUUCGGCGACUCGACUACCGAGUAGACGUGCUUCAUCCGCCCACUCAGAAAGCGACCCCGAGGUUCCCUCAUAUGCCUUGCGGACGAAGAGGGCACGCACCCCACUGGGCAAGCUCUUAGACAAAGGAGUCGAUGUCGAGGAAACAGAGCAUGAUGAAUCGCAGCCUGACGAGGGGCGAAUUUCUAAUUCAUACCUCAAAAGUAUGGAUCCUUACCGAAUCAUACCCCUAAUUACUGAACCAUACCCCUACGCCAAAUUUCACCCAAAUUAUGGGGUAUGA